AUGGCACCAACGAUCCAUCUCGUCCGCCACGCCCAAGGCUUCCACAACCUCUCCAUCGAAAACGAAUCCAUCCGCGACCCAGACCUCACGCCCCUAGGCGAACAACAAUGCGCCGACCUCCGCUCCUCAUUCACAGCCCACCACAAAAUCACCAAGCUGGUCGCCUCGCCGCUCCGCCGGACCAUCAAAACGUGCGACCUCGCGUUCGGCGGCUCCCAGACUCUCUACCCCAUCAUCCUGCUCGACACACUGCAAGAAGUGUCCGAUGCGCCCUGCGACACUGGUUCCUCCAAGGACGCGCUGGGCGCAGAGUUCGGCAGCAAAGUUGACCUGGAGCGCGUGAGGGGCGGGUGGUUCGAGAAGGGUGAGGGGAGCGAGUUUGAGCCCACGAUGGAGGCGUUGAUGGCGAGGGCGAAGAGCGCGAGGAGAGCGUUGAAGGAGAUUGCGGGAAAUGGGGAUGAUGAGAUUGCCGUGGUGAGCCAUGGUGGUUUCUUGCACUUUUUGACGGAUGAUUGGGAUGGUGUGCCGAUUGAUAGAGCUACUGGGUGGUCGAACUGCAUGUGUCGGUCGUACCAGUUUGCCGAAUCGCCGGAUGACAAGGACGAUGUGAGGCUUGUUGAGACAAAGGAGAGUUGGGGACGGAGAUUUCCCGCCGAGAGACAGCCGCUUACUGCUACUGAGCAGAGAGAGAUUCGGUCAGUCGUACAGAAGCAAAUGGUGCCGCUUUUGAAGAUUAAGGCGUGA